AUGGAGCGUGAACAGAACAAGGUGAAGCGUUUUCUGAAGCUGGGCUACUCGCAUUCAGACAUCAUGCGAGUCCUGCAGACACUUCAACAUGACGCCCAGACCAACGACAUACUGCAGGAGCUGAUCAAAACCUGUCGCACAACCAGCGCUGUAACCAAAGUGACACCCGAGAGCAGCCCUGUGCUCGUCCCGAGAGGAUGCGGGUCUUCUCUGCAACAAACACACUCGGAUACGCAAACUGUCACACAGAGUUCCAGCGCCUUCAGACCCGUGGUUAUAGACGGCAGCAACGUGGCUAUAAGCCACGGCAAUAAGGUGUUCUCAUGCCGGGGGAUUCAGCUGGCUGUACAGUGGCUUUGGGACAGAGGGAUUCGUGACAUCACAGUGUUUGUACCUCGGUGGAGGAAAGAGCAGUCCAGACCUGAGGCUCCCAUCACAGACCAGCACAUCCUGGAUGAGCUGGAGCGCAGGAACAUCUUGGUGUACACACCUUCACGCUGCGUCAACGGUAAACGCGUGGUGUGUUACGAUGACCGAUACAUCGUGAAGUUGGCCUACGACUCGGAUGGCAUCAUCGUAUCUAACGAUAACUACCGGGACCUGCAGCUGGAAAAGCCACAGUGGAAGAAGUUCAUUGAGGAGAGGCUGCUGAUGUACACGUUUGCCAAUGACAUAUUCAUGCCACCAGACGAUCCACUUGGACGAAAUGGACCAACAAUCGAAAACUUCCUGAGGAAGAGGCCCAUCAUCUCAGAGAACAAGCAGCAACACUGUCCAUACGGAAAGAAGUGCACGUACGGUGUGAAGUGUAAAUUUUAUCACCCCGAGCGCUCAAACCAACCACAGCUCUCGGUGGCUGAUGAACUGAGAGCGAAGAGCCAGCCAUGCAUUAAAACUGAAGACUUUCCUCCAUUACACGAGAUAAACGGACACACACAUCAUAAAACGCUUCCUGCGACGCCGCACGAUGAGCUAACCCGAGCUCUGUCCAGCCUCGACCUGUACUCCGCCCCUACUGACACAUACAGUCCAGCUUAUUUGCAGAGGUCCCUUCCUGCUUUAUGCAAGAGCAUCAAGAGUGACCUGGCGUACGGUUCUCUAGAAGGCUCCAUGUCCCGCCUGUAUCUCAGUGACUCUGCACUUCCAACCUCACUGGCCUAUAGCAGCGGGUGCAUGGCUGGAAGUAGCAGCGAUUAUUUUUUAUCACCUGGAUGUUUGGAGCACAGACGAGCACACAGUCCUGACAUACCCUCACGCUGCUACAGCCCCGGACUGCACUACCCUCAGUCGCAUUACCAGAACCGUGGAUAUAACAAGCAAACUACACCAUUCAGUAAUGAGCCUCUGCUUUACUCUUCUUCAACCCAGCAUCCACAGUACAGAAUACCAGAUAUCUGGGGACAGGGACAGAUCAUAGACAGCGAUGUGGACAAUCUGACUGAAAGACGGAGAGACGUCAGGUCACAACUGAGCACAAUCUUUCCUCAGAGCAUCGUGGACCAGGUUAUGAGUUUAUACCCACACAUACUGGACACCACUAAGCUGGUCAUGCUAAUCCAGAAGUACAGAAACAGUCCCUUGCUUUGAUUCACACAAGCUGGCAAUCAAAGUGAAAUGCAAAAUUCCAAACUAGCGCCAACAUGUCUCGUUAGUCAACAACCUGGUGAUAUUAAUGUUAAGCGGUUCAGAAGUCUGAGGCUUGUCUUAACACGUCUGAUCCAGGAAGUUGGCAAGUUCAGAAUCUACAAGCAGUGGUUUAAUGCCAAAAGAAAUAAAUAAUGUAGCAUUUUAGUUUCUUAGCUUUAUAGGAAUUUGGACAGAGGAAAGAAUACACUAUCUGGCCAAAAGAGUGUGGAUACCCACAUAAUGUGGGUAUGUAAGGUGUAUUUAAUUAAGCAAAUUGUAGCAAAUUAUAGCCAACUUUAGGCAACAGUUUAGCAGAGGCCUGUUUGUGUUGCACUGUGAUACCAUUUUAUGGUAUGAGGUCCAUAAAAACAUGUCAAAUAAAUUCCAUGGUUUUGGAAUGGGAUCUUCAACAAGCUUAGUUAGGUGUCUGCAUACUUUUGGCCAUGUAGUCUAUUAAGACAGUCACUAGAGUUUCUCUACUAAUAUAAAUACAAAGCUUAAGCAUUCUGGUCUUUUUGUGGUUUGUUUGUGAUGCAACUACUGCUUUAGUAUGUUUGUUAAGAGGCACAUUGUGCACAUUGUGUAAAACGAGUUCAUGUACCAGUGUAGGAAUCUCACAUACUCGGAAUGUACAGACUACAUGAAUGUAUUUGCUUAGAUUGCAAAGUUUUCAGAUUUGUAUUGUUUAUUCUUUAUUCCUUGUGAGCCUGAAUGUGAACGCUGAUUUAACUGAGAGGAAAUGAAGACUGAUGAUCUCCAUAAGAUUAAAUCUCUUAAAGCUGAAUAAAGCUUUCUGUCUUUGCACAAUAGGAACAUUUUCAGUAAGUCAUCAGUGACAGUGACUGCCUGUGUUUGAUUUUAAAAUCUUAAAAUGACACUCAGGUGACCGUCAGGUCGAUGUGGUUAAGCUAAAACAGCUAAAUCUUUUGUUUGUCCUGGCAAUGUGUUUUGUACUUUAUAUUAAAAUAUUUAUGUAUGUUUUGCCAAGGUGUGUGUAAUUUUGUUGUUAAAAAGAUACUGAGGGCGCUCGGAUGUGCUUGUGUGGCCCAGCUGUCUGACUCAUGGGACACAGUGUGGCUCUCUAUACACGAUAUGUGGGAACCCAACACUGAUGGGUGACCAGAAGCGGCCGCAGAUGGACAGUGUCAGAGGGGGCGUUUGGUGAUCCGGCUCUCCUUGAUCAGAUCAGUGGAAAGGACUAGAUUUUCUUGAGAGAGAAAAUCCAAAAAAGUAAUAAAAAUAAUAUGAAUUAUAAGA